AUGGUUCGCACUAACCUCUUAGCCGUCGUACUUCUUCCGGCUGCUCUUGCUGCACCAUCAACCGAAAAACGAGUCGGUCCUAAGGUCAGGCUUAGUAUCGGGAAUGUUGUCGGAUCAUCAUUCCUUAGCGUGGAUUCUUUCAUGGGCAUUACAUUUGCUAAGCCUCCUUGGGUUGCAGAUAACAUUGCUUCGUUUAGUAGUGGCCCUUUAAAGGUUACAAUCUGGGGAGAGUCUGCAGGAUCCGCCUCCGUCUUCUCCUACAUGAUUUACAAGAAUGGCAACCACACCUACAAAAGAAAGCCGCUUUUUUGUGGUGCAAUCAUGGAUAGUGGUUCUCUUUUACUAGCAGCUGCAGUUAAUGAGAGCCGCACCGAGGAUCGCUACAACAUAAUCAAUCUCGACUAUGCCACAUUCCUUAAUGUAUCCAGCAAUGCCAACAUUCCUAUAAAUACCUACUUACUACGUCGGGACGGUAUUUUCUUCACUGACACGCCUGAAAAUCUUUUGAAGUCAGGCUUUGUGGAUACCUACCCUGACGAUGUCUCUGCUGGCUCCCCUUUCCGCACCGGUCCACUUAACAACAUCUACCCGCAGUAUAAAACCAUCGCUGCCAUUACUAGCGACUACAUGUUUGUGUUCACACGUCGUCUCGUCCUUACGCUAGCUGCAACUGUCAAACCAAACAUCCCGACGUGGUCAUACAUCAGUACUUAUUUCUACGGCCUCCCAGUCCUCAGUACAUUCCACGCUACAGAUUUAUUGCCUGCGUUUGGUAUUACGCUGGGAAAUGCAGCCUUUUCAAUUCAAUCGUACUACAUCAGUUUCGUGCACAGUUUAGAUCCAAAUUCUGGCACUCCUAGCAUCUUGCAAAAAUGGCCCUAA